AUGUUAACAUUAAACCAAAUAACUGGACAUCUUCAAACUACUCUUCAAUCUUUACCACCAGGAUAUUUACCAAAAUGGUUAUUAUUCAUAUCUGUCGUUUCCAUCUUUAAUUCAAUUCAAACCUAUAUUUCUGGAUUGAAACUGACUCGUCGAGUUUAUUCCAGGAAGCCAGCUGAAACAACACCACUGAGUGCGAGAACUUUCGGUACUUGGACGUUCGUGUCAUGUAUAAUCAGACUAUAUGGUGCCUUUUACUUGAAUGAACCACAUAUCUAUCAAUUGGCCUUUAUUUCAUACAUCAUUGCUUGGGUUCAUUUUGGAUUUGAACUAUUAAUUUUCCGUACUUGUAAUUUCGAUUCAGGUUUCAUGGGCCCAUUAGUGGUAGCCACCACUUCAUUGGUUUGGAUGUACUUCCAAAAGGAAUUCUAUACCGGUAUUGCAUGGUAA